GUUUGAUCAAUCCUUUGAUAAGCAGAAACUACAUAAUACCUAUGAUGGGAUUACCUCUAUAUGUAGUUAAUUCAAAGUAAACUAUAUUAAUUCAAAGUAAACUAUAGAACCCGAAAGUAAUCGAGGUAUACAUAAAAUCAACCCAGCUGGAGAGAAAUAUUCUGGUCUGACUACCUAACUUGGCCUUAUCUACAUGUAGGUAAUGACCAUCCCCCCUUGCUUGGAUUAAGUUCUGGCUAUCGCUUGAGAUAAAAACUUUCUAAGAUUUUCCCCCUAAAUAUAAGUUUAUUAGUGUGAUACUGGCUUUGGAAUGAAGCAUAAGUGCACGAAAACCCCGCCAUGUAAAGGAUAAUUAAACAAUAAGCAGUGAAACGUUUCUUUUGUUUCCAGUUGUCUUGUUUCUCGUCCAUCCAUCUACACACAAUCUUUUACCCCACGGCUGUUUGAUUUAACCUAUUUAAACCUUGCUUCUCCAGCCACUCUAUUACAAUACCAGCUGUGCUGUGGUCAAAUACAAUAUUAUGUCCAGGCAGGACAACUUCGAAUGAAUAAACAUGGAUUUCAUGGCUCUCCCUGUCGAACUGCGGCUGUCAAUACUAGAAAUGGUGGCCGAUUCCUCGACGGAGAGUACAACAGAAUACGCUACCAUUGCUCGAGAGUGGCAGCCCAUCUUCGAGAAAAAGCACUUCGAGCGGAUUCUCUUGUCGUCCCGGCGUUUGGAUAGUUUUGCUCAGAUUGUACGAGGAUCGAGGAGGAAAUUAGUGAAGCAUAUCUGGUUAAGGGCAGAACUUGGCGUUUUGCAUCAUGAUAGGGGCAAUGCCGGAUUUCGACCCACCCCGAGUCUUGUGGAUGAACCCAACUUUGACAAUACAAUCGUAAGGCUUCUCCGAAUACUUAGCACCUGGGAAAGACCACACGAUUCGAAUAAGGAAGGGUUAACACUUGAAUUGUCCGCUUGGUCUCUGCGUGAUUAUGAGUAUGGCUUCAGCCACCAAAGGUUUAUGCAUGAUCCAUACUCAGAACCCUACAAGGAUUACAGAUUGACCCCUCUGGAAUCUCACAAUCUGAUGUCCCUAUCGAUGCUUGAGCAUGCCUUUCCUCCUGAGGAGACCUCAUCGCACUCUAGUACUGACUUGGCGAUGAAGAUGAAAGGUACGGCACCGGAAGAUAUCCCCAAAGUCGAUAUAGUCACGACGUUUCUUCUUCGUCGACAGUAUUAUUCCCAUGUAUCCUCGGACCGUAUCGCCCAAAUCUUCGGAAGUAUGACUGGGUUGGAACGAAUUAUUUACGAGCCACCAGAAAGGAAAGAUGGCAGCACUGACCCUUGGCAGGGACAACGCCAUUGGCUUCUUUCCGAUUAUAGCUUCGCACAAACACUUAGGCAACUAACCAUUUUCGAAGACUCUUUUCAUCGUAACGCCUUUGCGACUUCGAAUCAAACAGAUAGCACGAAUAGUCCCGAGAUCGCUAUGACUUUGCUUAGAGAGAGCCGAAACUUGGAGCACUUGUCUGCGUCUUUUGUAGUGGAUGCCAAGGACUUUUUCCGGCCGUUCUGGCCGUCAACCCCAACCUCUACGGACCGGAGUUGGAAUAAACUGAAAACUCUAGCCCUGACAUCGAACCUUCUAAAUCCGUACCAAUCGUCGGCAGAGGUUAAUGACUUACUUUAUGCCGCGGGUAUGGCCGCGAGGAAUAUGCCUGCUCUCCGAGUGAUGGAGAUUUGGAAUGGAUUGAGAACGACGCACGGUUGUUUUUUCCGUUAUUAUGACGAUGGAAGUACCAGCACUAUUACAUGGCGGGGUACUUGGGAACUUGAUCUAGAACCAAGGGUUAUGCAGUGUUGGACCGAGACGGUGCGCAAGAAUACCCGCUAUCUCAACGUUGGAUUCCGCGAUAUGGAAUUGCCAAUAGAUGGUACAAGCUUUCCAGCUUCUAUUAUUCGCCAUCUUAAGCUAAAAGACCAAAUUGUACAUCCAGUAUCGUUUUGUCAGCUUCAAAUUUUAGGGGGGGCGAGAAGAUAUAAGUAUAAGUAGUUUCCUACUCGAGACUAAUGGUAUAUACUGGGUGCUGGUCUUCACUUAGUACAUUAGGUAUGUAGUAGUCAUAGUUGCGAAUACAACAUUUGAUUGGUCUCACUCUUCUCCCCUAUGAUUAAUCUAUACCUAGUGUUAGGUAUGUAUUGCCGAUCGAAUAUAUGCUUUGUUAACCAAUGAAGGAUAUAGGAA